AUGGCGCCCUUUCCGCCCCCUCCUGUCAGUACGAUUGAGUGGACAAACACGGACAAUCUCAAGUUCCACGAAGCCAUUGGACACAUAGAAUCGACAUACUCCAGGGCUACCGGCAAAUGGACGCCCCUCAAGUUUGUCAAGGACCCCUACCUUCGCAUGCAUGGCAUGGCGCCCGCGCUCAACUACGGGCAACAGUGCCUUGAGGGGCUCAAGGCCUUCCGCACCCCCAGCGGCGUCGCCGUCUUCCGGCCGGAGCGCAACGCCCAGCGCUUCCAGCACUCGGCCGAGGUGCUCUCGAUGCCGCCCGUGCCCACGGAGCUCUUCGUGGCGGCGUGCCGGGCCGCCGUCGCGCUCAACGCGGCCUACGCCCCGCCGCACGACUCGGGCGGCGCCCUCUACGUGCGGCCCCUCCUGCUGGGCACCGGCGCCCUGCUCCCGCCCUCGCCCGCCGAGGACUACGCCUUCCUCGUGUUCGUGGCGCCGACGCCCGCGGGCGUCCACGACGCGCCGCUCCCGGCGCGGGCGCUGGUCCUGGACGAGUUUGACCGCGCGGCGCCGCGCGGGACGGGCCACGCAAAGGUCGGCGGCAACUACGCGCCCGUGCUGCGCUUCAGCGGCGCCGCCCGCGCGUCCGGCUUCGGCAUCACGCUGCACCUGGACAGCGCGCGCCACGAGGAGGUGGACGAGUUCAGCACGUGCGGGUUCAUCGGGGUGCGCACCCGGUCUCCCCCCGGCGGCGGCCCCCCCGGGUCCGGGGGCGUGACGCUCGUGGUGCCGGACUCGCCCUGCGUCAUCGACAGCGUCACGAGCGACAGCGUGCAGCAGAUCGCGCGGGACGCCUGCGGCUGGGGGGUCGAGAGGCGGCGCAUCGCGUACACGGAGCUCCCCGAGUUCAGCGAGGUGCUGGGUGCCGGGACCGGGGUGGCGCUAUGUCCCAUCCGCUCCAUCACGAGGCGGACCAGCGGUGCAAAGGGGCUCUGCAAUGGAUCGGCCAAUGGAUUGGCCAAUGGGCUGUAUUCGGGACCAAGUGUUCAGAAGCUGCCUGCCGGGCCACGAGUCGUGUCCGAUGCCGACUCUGAGACCGUGACGUACCUAGACGAUGAGCAGGAGAGCGGCGGCCCAGUAUUUCUCGAGCUGCUGAAGCGGCUGAAGGACAUCCAGCUGGGUAAGGCGAAGGACGAGUUUGGUUGGCUGUCUUUGGUUCGAGCCGAAGAUGGGGCCAUCGAUGGCGGGAACGAGGAGUAA